AUGCAACUUUCUUCCUUCCUCCUUUCCAAGAUUGGAAAGCCUAUGGGACAGAAAUCUGUACACUCAUUUAUCCUUUAUGGUCCAGAUAGGUUGUUUGAUAAUACCGAGAUUAUUGAGGAAAAAACUUCUGGCUUGUUCAGGAGAACGCUUUGGGCCGGAGGAAAGAAGGUCGCACUGGACGCAAGAAGCCAUAACCUGGUGGCCUACAGAAGUGAAGACGAACACUGCUCUGAAGAUGGUACAAAAUUGCCUUGA